AUGCCUACAUUCCUGUCUAGAGCAGUCGCUGCUCUUCUUCUACUCCUCCAAUUCAGCACUGUCUGGCCACUUCCUCUAGACAUAUCCCUUGGCGGCAAUGCGGGUUCAAGUCGUAAAUUCCACUGGGUGGAUAUUUGGACGACCAUGCCGCAACUGGUCGAGCCCUACAAUCUGCCUCCCGCACCAUAUAACUCGUCGACUUCGGUUUUCAACAAUUCCACCAUCCGUCAGACCAUCCACAUCACGCUCGAUGCAGACAGCAUCCGUCUGCGUCUCUCGAAUGCGUUUGGGCUGAACGACCUGGAAAUCACUAGCGUCGCGAUUGGCUUACCAGUUGAUCAGAAGACAGGAACAAGCGCUCUCAUACCGGGAUCAAGCAGAAAGGUUCUCUUCAGCGGCAACGAAGAUAUCACCAUUUCGAAGGGAGCACUAGCUGUUUCAGAUCCCAUUGAUUUCCCCGUUGAGGCGCAGUCGACCGUUCUGAUUGAUAUCUACCUCGCUCAAGGGCAGCAGGGCAAUGCCAUCACCGGCCACCCGGGAAGUAGAACGACCUCCUGGCUGUCAUUUGGAAACUACGUCGGAGCCAACAAUCUCACCGAUCCGUCGGUGAUGAGCGUGGAUCACUGGUACUUCAUCAGCGCCGUCGAAGCGUCUCUACCCCCUAACGCGCGCAGCUUCGCCAUCAUCGGCGACAGUAUCACCGACGGCAGGGGAAGCGACACCAACGGCAACAAUCGAUGGCCUGACCUCCUCCUCGCCCGCAUGCAAAAAUACCGCUCAACCUCCUCCAUCGCCCUCCUCAACCAAGCCGCUGGCGGCAACCGCAUCCUCGCCGACGGGCUGGGACCCAACGUCCUCAGCCGGCUUGACCGCGACGUCCUCGCGCACUCUGGCGUGCGCUACGCCAUGAUCUUCGAGGGGGUGAACGACAUCGGCGUGGCGAGCGCUGAUCCUGCAUCCCAGAAGCUCAUCGGGGAUAAACUGCUCGUUGCGUUUAGGCAGAUUGCGACAAGGGUGCAUGCGGCUGGGAUUCCGAUCUUCGCGGCGACGAUCACGCCGUUUGGGACGCCGGUGGGGUCGAAUUAUACACAGCCGUAUUCAAGUGAUGAGCGCGAGAAGACGAGGCAGCGCGUGAAUGAGUUCAUUCGCAGCAGUGGGGUUUUUGACGCGGUGUUGGAUUUUGAUAAGACGCUUAGAGAUCCGAGGGCGCCUGGGGUGUUGGCCGAGGAGUUUGAUUCGGGGGAUCAUUUGCAUCCUAAUGUGAGAGGGUAUCAGGCGCUGGCGGAUCACUUUCCGUUGGAGGUUUUUGAGCGGUUUGAUUGGUAG